GUACGAUUUAAUAGGCUGCAUGAUACCGACCUUUGCCUGUCCUAGAAAGGACGAAUGGAAUUACAACAACAACAACUUUAUGGCGAACUACGGGUGAUGUAAUAAAAGGCGGGAAAAUUCUAUACUAAUAUACGCGUCAGUGACUAAAAUUGUGAAAAACUCUGUUACACUGUGUUUGCUAACAAUUUUUAUACGGCCAUGAUGACAGCUAUGAAUACUAUUAACCAUACUUCUCAAGCAGUAAGAGAAUGGGCUAAGGUGUUUCCAACUCAAAUAACCGAAAACUAUACAAGCUCUGUAAUAUUUAUGAAACAAUUGACCACUGUGGCUGUUAGUACAAUAACAUAUUUGAGAAAUGUGUUCCCGGAAGACAGUUUUACGACGGAAAAAUUUGCAGGGGCAAAGUUGUAUAUAUUAAAGAAAAAAUGUACAGAUGAGUCUGCCCAGUUUCUAAGCACAGCACUAACACAAGCAUUUGAAGCUUUUGAUAAAAAAUAUUUGCAACAACUAGUGCUGUGCUUCUACGACGGCGAGAGCAGUUUGGAGAGCCUCGUAGAGCAUCACAUCUUCGAGUAUACGUACAAGGAGGACGAGGGAGCGGCCAUGAGCGUGCAAUCCAACUUUCGCGACAAUACCUCGCGCAGCAGCAAGUACAGCUUUCAAAACAUUCGCGAGAAGACGCACUUCUUGAUCAAGUCGUGCGUCGCUGUGAUGAGCUCGUGUCCAGACAUGAGGCCCGACUACGAGGUCGGCUUAAGGCUGUACUACAAUGAUAGCGCGCCAUUGGAUUACCAAGCUCCCGGCUACCAGAAAGCUACCGAACCCGAGGACCCCCUGGCCUUCACCCUGGCGAUGACCACUCGGCUGGGCUGCGUGGAGACGCCAUUUCACCGACUGGUCGCGCAUAACUACUUCAGGGCGGCCGUCCACUCUAGUGACCAGGCUAUCGCCUCUGAAGACCCUGCAAUGCUAUCGAGCAAUUCGAAUAUUGGUGAGCCUGCGACGCAGCCCACAGGGUACGGCACCGAGGUGUGUUGUACGUGUAAUAAAUACGAGAUGUAUGAAUCAAUGACCCUCACCGAACUUCUAACUUGCCAAUACUGCAAGUUAAAACAGCACGCCGUGUGUUACGGCAUAUUGGACGAAGAUGUUCCUGCCACCACUAACCAUUGUUGCAUCAAGUGCUACGAUAAUGAUAAAACGCGCAUUCCCACUGACGCCAGACUAGUUCCGCUCAGCGCUCGCAACAGAGAGAGCCUAUGUGUAUUUCGUCGCACAUUGGAUAUAUGCCGUCAAGUGCAGGCCGUCAGCGUACGAGAUUUGGUCCGCAAGUUCGACUUCACACUCAACAACGCCACUAAACUCAUGAAGCUGUUGUACUCCCACGGUAUUGUUCAACAGCAGCCCACUGAUGAUGAUUUAUCACCUCAAGAAAUACAACGCGAUUGUUUGUUGUUGGUCCUCCCAUCCUUUUUCCGUACGGGCAGCUCACCGCUGGUGGACCAACUUGCUUCAGAGGGUUUCGCUUCACAAAAAAGUGCUCCCGACCCGGUCACUGACGCUCUUACUCCUGAAGAACGAGUAUUCUUACGUAACACUACAAGUAUCAGUCGCGUUAUACCUAAAGUUACUGAUACUUCCGCAAAUACUCGCGACGCUCUGCAAGAGCAUCGGGAAGCAAUAAAGACUAUGAAUUUAGAUGACGAUGCUUCCGAAUGUCGAACACCAACAAAACGGAAGUUGGAGGAUAGAGGCAGGACUGGGGUUAAAUCUAAGAGAGCCAGGGCACAGCCUAAAAUCUAAAUUAUAAAUUAAUUAUUCCUUCCUUAAUCGGCAAGUGCCCCCGCGCCGCGGUAUGCCUGUCAAUGCUUAUUAUUUUACGUUUAUUAAUAGAUUUCGUAUAAUUAGGAUAAUAUGAGAGAAUAUAUAAGAUAUUAAUUAUUGAAACAAGCUAUAAGACCAUGCAAAUAAACUAUCUUAUAAACAAAAUGAGCUUCGGAAUUUGGUCAGGGCACAGUGUGCCGUAUGGCACUUUCGAUAAUGGUGUAUAUGAAAGAUGGUGUGCCAAAGGGCACUUCCCGAUUUUGGAAGGUUAAGGGUUUUCAAUAGGGAGAAGUUUUAGAUAUCAUUUAUUCCUUAUGAUGUUUUGAAUUGUUAUAAUAGAUAAUAUUAUAUUCAGCUAAAUAUAACUACAAUUAAUUUACAAAUGGGUAUGACGUCAUAUCAACUAAUGUUCUCGCAAUUAUUUUUUGGACUCAUUCGUGUUAGUAUUCGUGCUUAGUUAAUAUCUACGUCUAGAUAGUCUCUUGCUGUGAGACAACCAAUGAAAACAGACCAGGAAUAUUAGUUUAGUGUGCGUGACUACAACCUACGUCUUACACUCGCGAUUUGUAUGACACUUAGUGUUAGUGUGCAUGAAUUUCUCAAAAUAGAGGUUCGUUCUAAAUUCAAUUUUUUCGACGUUUUCACAGCUGUCAUAGUCUAUCUAGACGUAUCAAUGAUCUAAGUAUUAGUCUAUCAAAACGAUCUAUCAGAGAUAUUUCAGAUAAGUUGUUUAGUUUUAUCGAAGGUGCUACAAGAGUUUGGACUGCAUGUGAUCACCGCAUGCCAAAAUUAAUGUGAUUUGUGCAAUAAACUAUAUUUAUAAAAGUG